CGGUAGGGUAUACCGCCUACACGGUACCCCCAUACCGUGUAACGGUACCUAGGUACCGACGGUAGGCGUAGACGGUUGGCCGAACCCGUCCUAACCAGGUACCGCCAGAGGCGAACCGAACUUUUGGAAGACACGGUACCCCCAAACGUUUUUUAUGGCCAUGGGAAUGAAGAAGGCUAGCCUUGGCAGGCAAAAGAUCAAGAUGGCCAAAAUAGAGGUCAAGAAUCAUCUUCAAGUGACGUUCUCGAAGCGGAGGUCCGGUCUAUUCAAGAAAGCGAGCGAGCUCUGCACCCUCUGUGGGGUGGAGAUUGCCAUCAUCGUUUUCUCCCCUGCUGGAAAAGUAUUUUCUUUCGGGCACCCGCACGUGGAAUCGAUCAUCGACCGGUUCCUCUCAAAGAAGAAUAAUGAUAAUAACAAUAAUAGUAGGUGUGGUAGUUACUCAGAGCACCCAGAUGCUGCGGUGGUCAACCUGGUGGAGGCCAACCGCAGUGCCAAACGCUGUGACGGUGAACUAUGUGGAGGCCCACCACAGCAGCCAGACACUGCGAUGGUCAACUUGGUCGAAGCCCACCGCAACGCGAGCGUCCGCGAGAUGAACAUGACCCUGACUCAGAUGAUUGCGGAGUUGGAGGCAGAGAAGAAGAGGGGAGAGACGCUCGACGAGAUGAGGAAGGAGAGUCGGAGCCAGUGUUGGUGGGAAGCCCCGAUAAUCGAGCUUGGCUUGGAGGAACUGGAGCUGCUGAGGAAUGCCAUGGGGGAGCUAGGCAAAGUCGUGGGCGCUCAGAUAGCCGAAGUCGUCGACGGUACUUCUAAGCUAUUGGCUAUGAACAACGCAAUGUUAAAUGAGUUUGCAGCGGAGACGAAACCGCAAGGGAUUUUGGUUAACAGUUGCAACAAUGCUGCUCAUCAUUCAAUGGGUCCUGAAGGUGAAAAGCUUACUGUUGUGUUCCCUACAUUUAUGAUGGAUUUUGAUCCAUUUUCGUUGAGCAUUGAUGGUGAUAAACUUUGUGGACGGGGAACAACUGAUUGUUUAGGCCAUGUUGCUCUUGUUGCUGAACUAAUGAGACAGUUGGGAGAAACAAAACCACAACUGAAGUCAACUGUAGUUGCUGUCUUCAUAGCAAGUGAAGAGAAUUCAUCAAUCCCAGGGGUUGGUGUGGAUGCAUUAGUGAAAGAUGGAUUGCUUGAUAAGUUGAAGCAUGGCCCUCUGUUCUGGAUUGAUACUGCUGAUAAACAGCCUUGCAUUGGUACUGGUGGCAUGAUACCAUGGAAGCUUAAUGUUACUGGCAAACUUUUCCAUAGUGGUCUGGCUCAUAAGGCUAUUAAUCCACUAGAGUUGGCGAUGGAGGCACUUAAAGAAAUCCAAUUGCGGUUUUACAAAGACUUCCCUCCCCAUCCUAAAGAACAAGUAUAUGGAUUUGCAACACCAUCAACUAUGAAACCAACACAAUGGAGUUAUCCAGGGGGUGGUAUCAAUCAGAUACCAGCUGAGUGUACCAUUUCAGGGGAUGUGAGGUUGACUCCAUUUUACAGUGUAUCUGAUGUGAUGAAGAAGCUACAAGAAUAUGUUGAGGACUUGAAUGCAAACAUAGAGAAGCUUGAUACAAGGGGGCCAGUUUCAAAAUAUGUGCUGCCUGAUGAAAACCUUAGGGGCAGAUUAAGCAUAAGUUUUGAUGAGGCAAUGUCAGGAGUUGCUUGCAACCUUGAUUCUCGCGGUUUCCAUGUACUGUGCAAAGCUACUGAAGAAAUAGUUGGGCACGUAAAACCAUAUUCUAUCACUGGUAGUCUACCACUGAUAAGAGAACUGCAGGAGGAGGGGUUUGAUGUCCAGACAUCAGGCUAUGGCCUAAUGGCUACAUAUCAUGCCAAGAAUGAGUAUUGCCUUCUCAAUGACAUGUCUCAAGGAUAUGGUGUCUUUGCAAGUAUCAUAUGCCAGAUGGAAGAAUGACUUGCCAUAACACACUGAUUAAGAGAAAAAAGAAUAUGUAUUGUCUACGUUUGUAAAACAGAGAUUCGUUUCUCGAUGUGGCAUUGAGGGUGAACGACUUGUACCUUAUUGGAUUUCUUUAUGAAACGGAUUGGCUUGAGUUGAGGGAAUAAAAGCGUACGUCUAACACCAAUAACUUCAUUAGAAAUGG